CUUGGUUGUGAACUAUACAUUCCAAGAGAAGCAUAAAAACACAUCUUAUGGUCAGGAAACGUUUAGAUUUGCUGAAAAAUGCGAUUGGAGAAUUUAAUCGAAGUUUGUUAGGUAUACUGGAGUAUAAAUAUGAUCCUGUCAAAUUGGUAUCAUAGAUAACAUGAUGGACCAAGCUUCUAAACGUAACAAAGGAGACCGGCCUUUUUAUCAGCCAAAGGAGAAUAUACCUACAAGUGCUGAAAUAGUCAACAAUGCCAGACAAUCCAUUGGUCGCUCUGAGCUGCAAGCUGUGCAGACAAAGCGACCAUAUACUCCCCGUGACGGAAGGAGGUCGUUGUUUGGGCCAGCAAGUACUAGGAAUCCAGAUACUAGGCCACCAAGUGCCUUUAGUCUGACAUCACGACAUUUUGAUGGAGUGGACUCAAGACCUGCAUCUGGUACCAAGCUCAGCCCUCUUCCCCAUAGACCAAGUUGCACAUCUAUGAUCAAUGAAGAACAAACUCCACGGCUACCAACAGAACCUGAUGUUGAGGUACUCCUUCCACCUAAACCCCCUACUGACCCUAACAAGGCAACUAGGAAGGUUCCUCGAGCCCGUGUCAUCCACAGCAACAGUGUUGAUGGCUCCAGUCCUGACUCCCUCGGUAUCAACAAAAGUGGUUCACUCACUGACUUGUCAGGUUCCUCCAGACAGACGGAUGGAAACACGACUGACUCAACACGAAGGACUCACAGCGGACCCAAGGAUAGGACACCCAUUCCUAAGGAGGAGCGAGGGGAGGGGGAUGGCAAGGAGAUGCCCCCUAGAGCCCCUAGUCAGGCCUCAGUCAGGAGUCCUCCUAGAAGUGCCAGCAGUAGAGAGGUGGAGAGCAGAGUCAGCAGUGGAGGCACUAACAGGACAUCUAGCGCAGGCAGUACUGGCCGGGCAGGUAGUGCUGGUAAGCGAGAUGCCGAGGAGUCUCAGGAGGAGACCAUGUUUUACACCCAGAAUAUUGCCCCUCGUCUGGAAGAGCUGGCUCUCUUAGGUAAAAAGCGGGAGGGUGACAAGCUGUGUGAGUGUGCUGACAACCUGUACAAGCUCCUACAGAAGGAGAACCUGCUAGGCAAGAGUUGUAAACAACGUUCCACCAUACUCAAGUCUGUGUUCAAAUUACUUGACCUGGAAGAGCCCAAAGUCCUACUACGGGUGGCAAGACUCAUCCUCUCUUUCCGUGUGAGCGGCAACAAUCUUUUAAAUGUGUGUAAACUAGUUUUUAAAGUGAGUCGUAAUGAAAAGAAUGACCCUGAGUUUCUACGAGGAAACAUAUUAGAGCUGUUGUCAAAGACGUUAAGUUGUACUGACCACACUUCGUCAUGUGAAGCCCUCAUAUAUUGUGUGGGUGCCAUCAAGUUUCUGACGGGGAAUACUACCAUUGUCAAACAGCUUGUCAAAGAGAACUGUAUAGAAGGCCUAGGCCAGCUGCUGGAUGGAAUCAACAAAACGAAUAGAGAAAAUGGAAAAGUUAAUGAACAACUUGGACAUAUACUUGUACAGUUGACAGCUACCUUAAGAAACUUAGCUGAUGCCAACUCAAGUCGUGACAAAUUUUUAAGUUGUCAUAUUGUGGAAGGCCUGUGUACUGUUGUGGACAUGUACGCUCUUGAUGGGGACCUCAUGCUCAACAUAUCACGUAUAUUUAGUAAAAUCACCCUCCACACAGACUGCUGUACUGUCCUGGCAGACCAGCCAUCCUCAUACAAGUCUUUCAUCAAUUUGCUCAACAAACAUCUCCAGAAGUCUGAUAUGGUUGUACGUGUGUGUUUUGUACUGGGAAACAUAACUGCCAAAAACGACGAAGCGAGAGUGCGGCUGUACCAAGAGAACAAGGCCUUUGAUGUGUUGCUGUCAGUAUUAAAACUUUACCUGGAGAUGGACAUCAAGGCACAGGGUAAAGAGGAGAAGUCCGAGGAAGGGGAGCGAGGCAAUAAACUUAAUAAGAGGGAGGAUGUCAUGAUCAAAGUGGUCAGGGUCAUCGCCAACUUGUCAAUCAAUGAAACUGUAGGCCCACUCAUUGCUUCCAAUGCACAGUGCAUAGAUCUUCUGCUCAGUAUUCUAGAGUACAAGGAGAUCUCGGCUAGUGAGGAGCUUGUCCUUAACACAGUGGCCACCAUCAACAAUCUGUCUUACUACAGUGUCAAAACAAGCAUGAUCACCCAACACCAGAUGAGGGUUAUUGAAGCCCUGUUAAAGUUAGUACUAGCCAACAACAUGGAGGGCAUGAUUGAGUCAUCACGUGUGUUUGGUAAUUUGACACGACAGAAGGCAGUCCGGGACUUUCUGGUACAGCACAAGGUGGAUCAGAUGAUGGUCACCAUGCUAGACUCCGGCAACCGUGAGGUUGUGUACAUCUCCUGUGGUGUCCUCAUUAACUUCAUGGUGGAUGAAGAAAAACGCUCUGCCCUCAAAAAAGAGGGAGGAGUCAAAAAACUGAUUGAGGUGCUAAGAGACUUUGGACGGUCAGACUGGGAGCUGGCCAGUUUGGUGUGUCAGAUACUAUGGAAUUACAGUGGAAAAAUAACCAGCACCAAUGCCUGCUUUGGGGAGCAGGAAGCACAGGAUCUACUCGACUUACUAAUCGAAUACACAGACCAAGACUCAGCACUGGACUCCUCCUUUAAAGAUGAGGAGACAGAUGAAGAAAUGAAGAAGUAUUACUACGAGACGUGGCGUGAAUUCUAUCCUGUUGCUGAGCAGCUGUUGCACCGCCUGGAGACACAUCAGUCAGACUUUGAGCCCCUUGAGAAUCCUGGGGCUCCAUGAACCUCGAGGCAGGCAUCAGAACUCUUUAAGUGAACAGGCUGGGCAUGUUUCAGCAGGAUAGGAAGCCCCAGAGUGACCAGCUUUGUGUUCUAGCUUUGUGUUGAUAGCCAAUCUUAGUGCUGUGUGAGUGUGAUAUCUGCCAGGUAUCAUCUUAAUGAUGACAGACAUGCUGGAAUGUUCUGUUAUCCGACAGGUCUCAUUAAUGAACAGGAAUGCUGGACAGUGUUCUUAAAUACAACAGGAAUGCUGGACAGUGUUCUUAAAUACAACAGGAAUGCUAGGAUGUUCUCUGCUAGACAGUGUUCCUAAAUACAACAGGAAUGCUAGAAUGAUCUGUGCUGGACAGUGUUCCUGAAAACAUCAGGUAUGCUCAGUAAUUAUAAGCUUCAGAGAGAAGCAGAGCUGCUGGAAUGAUGCUAGUAAAAGCCUGUAUGAAAUGUUCAUUGGCGGAAAAACUUGCUGUUGUAUUCAAUCAUGGACAGCAUCAAUGUUUUAAACAUUGAUGGACAGAUCAGUGAUGAACUGCAUUGCUGUUAAUUCAGCCAUGGACAGAAUCAUGGAGCUAUUGACAGAGACAAUAGAUCUUAAUAUCAUUCCAACAUGUUUAUCUGUGAUGAUCAGUUGGCCGGUGUUUCAUUCUGAUAAGGUUUUAAAAUUCUCUUGUCAGUAAUAUGGAAAAUUUCAGCCAACUGGUCAAAUCUUUUUAAAGAUUUCUACAUAUAAUGAAAAUCACUGCAGGGUUGUCCUGCUCAGAAGACGUCAUAAUGAUAAGAAUUCAAUAUGGAGCUUGUAAAUACAUUUGAUUUUGUCUAGAAAUCUCAGGUUGCUACAACUGUUUUGUGGUGUAGUUUUAUAUGACUCCGUCCAAAGUAGUGAUAUGUCUCAAAGACACUGCACGUUUUUAUGUUUUAUUUUUUAAAUUAGGUCAUUUACACUUAAGAAUCCAAUGACAAAUAGUAUUAUUGUAACAUCACGCUAAUCUGCCACUCCAUGGUAGUUCAUCAGAAUGUUGAGUGACAAGUUGUUGACUUCAGAUUAAGCUGAACCCCUCCCAUGUAGCUUAACAAAGAAAUGUUUGUAAUUCUGCUUGAUUUAUACAUAUCGUUUAAAUAGUACAGGUAUUAAGAUACAUUGGCAUUGUUAAAUCUGAGAAUGAAUUAUUAUUUAGUAUUACUGAUUCCUUUAAAUUAAGUGUUCUAGAGUCUUCAUCAACAUUCAUCAGCAAAUGGAUUGUCACAAUUUACUCAGCUUUUCUAGACAAUAUAGAAUCCAGCAAAAAAGUAAUAAUUUCAGUUUUUGAUUUAGACUGCCAGAUUUUUAUUAGUAAGCUGAAAUAGUCAUUUCUUGUGUUGGUGGAAGUGGAAGGGGGUAGGGGGAAUCCAUUGUGGAUCUUGAAUUAGCAAAAUAGAAAUUCCUGCAAAAUAUUUUAAAUAUGAAAUAUAACUUCUGCCUUACAAUUUAACCAAGAAUGUAGCAUAGCUUUUAAGACAUCAUUGAAAUACAUUGCAGUUUGUUAGUCUUUGAUAAGUAAGUCUCUCUGCCUUAGAGAUUGCGGUCUAAAACAGACACUGUUUUAGAAUCAAGUCACAUGAAAAAGAUUUUGCAAUGAAAUGUUUUGUGUAUAUUAAUACAUCUGUAACGAUUACUAAAACUGAGUAAAGUGAUGCUUGUUACAUAGAACAAUGAUGUGGCUAUUGAAAACUUCAAAUAAGCUGAAGGAGUUUAAGUGGUGUAAAUGUUCAAUGGAGAGUAUAGCUGGUGUAAAUGUUCAAUGGAGAGUAUAGAUGGUGUAAAUGUUCAAUGGAGAGUAUAGAUGGUGUAAAUAAUCAAUGGAGAGUAUAGAUGGUGUAAAUAAUCAAUGGAGAGUGUAGGUGGUGUAAAUGAUGACUGGAGAGUGUAGGUGGUGUAAAUGAUGACUGGAGAGUGUAGUUGGUGUAAAUGUUCACUAGAGAGACUCAGUAUGUAGGUGGUGUCAAUGUUUACUGGUUAUGUAGGUGGUGUACAUGUUUACUGGAGAGUGGAGAUGGUGUAAAUGUUCACUGGUGAGUGUAGGUGGUGUCAAUGUUUACUGGUGUAUGUAGGUGGUGUACAUGUUUACUGGAGAGUGUAUGUGGUGUAAAUGUUUACUGGAGAGAGUAGGUGGUGUAAAUGUUCACUGGUGAGUGUAGGUGGUGUACAUGUUCACUGGAGAGUGUAGGUGGUGUACAUGUUCACUGGAGAGUGUAGGUGGUGUUAAUGUUCACUGGAGAGUGUGGGUGGUGUAAAUGUUCACUGGAGAGUGUAGGUGGUGUCAAUGUUCACUGGUGAGUGUAGGUGGUGUACAUGUUCACUGGAGAGUGUGGGUGGUGUAAAUGUUCACUGGAGAGUGUAGGUGGUGUAAAUGUUCACUGGUGAGUGUAGGUAGUGUAAAUGUUCACUGGAGAGUGUGGGUGGUGUAAAUGUUCACUGGAGAGUGUAGGUGGUGUAAAUGUUCACUGGAGAGUGUAGGUGAUGUACAUGUUUACUGGAGAGUGUAUGUGGUGUAAAUGUUCACUGGAGAGUGUAGGUGGUGUACAUGUUCACUGGAGAGUGUAGGUGGUGUACAUGUUUACUGGAGAGUGUAUGUGGUGUAAAUGUUCACUGGAGAGUGUAGGUGGUGUACAUGUUCACUGGAGAGUGUAGGUGGUGUAAAUGUUCACUGGAGAGUGUAGGUGGUGUAAAUGUUCACUGGAGAGUGUAGGUGGUGUAAAUGUUCACUGGAGAGUGUAGGUGGUGUAAAUGUUCACUGGUGAGUGUAGGUGGAGCAAGGUGAAAAUAUGAUAGAAUGUGGAGUGUUAGGGGUGCAUGCUGAUAUUUAUGUAUAUAUGAAUAUGAAUUAAUGAUAUUUAAUUUAAAUUACCAUAUAUAAAUGUUGAUGAGUGUAAUAGGUAUAUAGUAUUAUUAUUUAAUACCUGAUGUAAAACUUCCAUUCCUACUUAUAUAUUUAUUGUACAUAUGGUACUAUUUAUUUGUUGGCUGUGCUGAUUUAGUGAGAUCCAUAUAUACAUGAAGAUCCAUAUUCAGCAUCUGCCUUAUUAUCACAAGUUCACAUCGACUCGGUUUUGUUUUGCUGUAUGCCUAUAGGUGUCACUAGCGUCUGUUGAUAGUAGGUAACUUCCUCCAAGCCUCCACUUAUUACUUGUGCCUGUGACAAUGAGUGUUUUCACUCCAAAUGUCAACAUAUAUCACUACUGUCUAUUGACAGUAAGUGACUGCUCCCCUCUCAAAACCUGAGCUUAUAUCAUUGUCUAUUGACAGUAAGUGACUGCUCCCCUCUAAAAAACUGAGCUUAUAUCACUGUCUAUUGACAGUAAGGGACUGCUCCCCUCUCAAAAACUGAGCUUAUAUCACUGGCUAUUGACAGUAAGUAACUGCUCCCCUCUCAAAAACUGAGCUUAUAUCACUGGCUAUUGACAGUAAGUAACUGCUCCCCUCUCAAAAACUGAGCUUAUAUCAUUGUCUAUUGACAGUAAGUGACUGCUCCCCUCUCAAAAAGUUAGAUUAUAUCACUACUGUCUAUUGACAGUAAGUGACUGAUCCCCUCUCAAAAACUGAGCUUAUAUCACUGGCUAUUGACAGUAAGUAACUGCUCCCCUCUCAAAAACUGAGCUUAUAUCAUUGUCUAUUGACAGUAAGUGACUGCUCCCCUCUCAAAAUCUGAGCUUAUAUCACUACUGUCUAUUGACAGUAAUUGACUGCUCCCCUCUCAAAAACUGAGCUUAUAUCACUGUCUAUUGACAGUAAGGGACUGCUCCCCUCUCAAAAAGUUAGCUUAUAUCACGACUGUCUAUUGACAGUAAGUGACUGCUCCCCUCUCAAAACCUGAGCUUAUAUCAUUGUCUAUUGACAGUAAGUGACUGCUCCCCUCUCAAAACCUGAGCUUAUAUCAUUGUCUAUUGACAGUAAGUGACUGCUCCCCUCUAAAAAACUGAGCUUAUAUCCCUGUCUAUUGACAGUAAGUGACUGCUCCCCUCUCAAAAACUGAGCGUAUAUCACUGUCUAUUGACAGUAAGUGACUGCUCCCCUCUAAAAAACUGAGCUUAUAUCACUGUCUAUUGACAGUAAGGGACUGCUCCCCUCUCAAAAAGUUAGCUUAUAUCACGACUGUCUAUUGACAGUAAGUGACUGCUCCCCUCUAAAAAACUGAGCUUAUAUCACUACUGUCUAUUGACAGUAAUUGACUGCUCCCCUCUCAAAAACUGAGCUUAUAUCAUUGUCUAUUGACAGUAAGUGACUGCUCCCCUCUAAAAAACUGAGCUUAUAUCCCUGUCUAUUGACAGUAAGUGACUGCUCCCCUCUCAAAAACUGAGCUUAUAUCACUACUGUCUAUUGACAGUAAGUGACUGAUCCCCUCUCAAAAACUGAGCUUAUCAUUAGUGUCCAUUAACAAUGUAACAUCACUAAAUCUCUACUUCUUACUUUUGUCCAAGUGUUACAAGUGACCAUUGUCCUCUUCAAACAUCCACUUAUGAGGGCAUUUAACAAGACAAUCAAUUACUGCAUGACAACACUAUGCCUACAUAGCACUAGUAUCACUUUUGUACUAGUAUCUUUAUUACUGGCUGUAGUCUGUGAUGGGACAUCUGUUUUCUAAGCGUACCCUGGUCUACAGGUUAAGAUAUACUAGCUGUAAGUCAUGUCUGAUUGAAACUUAACUACAUGUGAUCAUGUUUAUUCUGAACUCUUUGAUGUUUCCGUCCAGUAUUAUUUAUAUGUAUGGUACUAAUCUGAUGACUCACAUGAUCAGCUACAGCCGUCCUAUUUAUUGAUCUCCUUAUCCGUGUCUGUGAGUCUCACCUAUAUCUGAGGAGGAGAAUAGACUUAAUCUUUGGCAGGGUCAGCAGUGAUCAGCUACAGCCGUCCUAUUUAUUGAUCUCCUUAUCUGUGUCUGUGAGUCUCACCUAUAUCUGAGGAGGAGAAUAGGCUUAAUCUUUGGCAGGGUCAGCAGUGCAUUAUACAGGGAAAGGAUUAUGCAAAGUACUAGUGAUGUCCAAUAAUUUUUUUAACUUUUGUUCACAGAAAGGUAAAGCUAUUUUGAUGUUUGCAAUAUAGAUUGGAGAUUUUUAAUUGUAUUGAUCUUUCCAUUGGUAGAACUUGCCUCCACAUGAAUUUGUCACAAGACUAGCCUUUUUGACAGUGUUUUUUUUUCAAAGUCUCCAGGAAAACGUUUAUAUAAGGUUCUGAAAUGGUUAUUUUAAAAGAUUUGAUCCUGAAUUUUAGCUUGUACUGAAAUAUAAGAAGACGUGCAAGCAUGUUAUAACUUCAAGAAAAUGAAAUUUACCUAUUUUUUGAGGUAUAGUUGAGGGUACACGCAUGUAGACACACCACGUUUGCUGUGACAGUUAGAUAAGAGCUGUGGCCUACGUCCCCCCACAACAGACUACUGUUUACACAUUUACCCUGUGUUGUGAAGAGUGUUUCUUGUUAAUGUAUACCGCUAUGUCUGCUAUAUUUAAAGACAUUUUGUUAGGAUUUGCUGUUUUCUUAUGUUUAAAAGUUGUCUAAUGAAUAAAUACAACAAUGAUGGAUAAA